CUCCUCCGCCGCCGCGUGCACAUCCUGCCAGGCCAAACCCCACCUUCCCCGCGCGGAGCCUGGAGGGCGGCUGCCGAGCUCCGACUUGUGCCUGGCCGAUGAGCAAGUAGCAGGGCGUGGGGAGGUGCCCGCCUGCCCGAGGAGGGAGCGGACCAGAAGCGGAACUCCGGCCUGGCAGAAGAGUGUUGCUGAGGUAUCCGUUGCCCGCACCCUGCUUGCUGUGCCAUGAUGCCUUUUGGAGGAAUGGCUGCCAAACUAGAAUGGAACCGUUUGCGGGCUGAGGGUGUGGGCCAGCACAACAAUGCUGUUAAGUUCCUCGGCCAAGAUUAUGAGACCCUGAAGCAGCAAUGUCUGGAGAGCGACACCUUGUUUGAGGACCCCCAGUUUCCUGCCAUACCCUCAGUCCUUGGAUUCAAGGAGCUGGGGCCAAAUUCUUCCAAAACCCGCGGAGUUCGCUGGAUGCGUCCUUCGGAAAUUGUGGAUGACCCCCAGUUUAUCGUUGGAGGUGCUACAAGGACAGAUAUCUGCCAGGGGGCUCUGGGUGACUGCUGGUUGCUAGCUGCUAUUGGUUCCUUGACUCUCAAUGAGGAACUUUUGCACAGGGUUGUACCCCAUGGACAAAGCUUUCAGGAGGACUAUGCGGGCAUCUUUCACUUCCAGAUCUGGCAGUUUGGUGAAUGGGUGGAUGUAGUGAUUGACGAUCGGCUGCCAACCAAGGAUGGAGAGCUGGUGUUUGUGCACUCAGCGGAGUGCCAGGAGUUCUGGAGUGCUCUGCUGGAAAAAGCUUAUGCCAAGCUGAACGGCUCUUAUGAGGCCCUGUCGGGGGGCAGCACCACAGAGGGCUUUGAGGACUUCACAGGUGGCGUGGCAGAGAUGUACGAUCUCAAGAAGCCACCUCGCGACUUGUGCAGGAUCAUUUCCAAGGCUCUUGAGAGGGGAUCCCUGCUGGGCUGCUCCAUUGAUAUCACAAGUGCAUUUGACAUGGAAGCCAUUACCUUCAAGAAACUGGUGAAGGGCCAUGCCUAUAGCGUCACAGGAUUGAAGAAUGUGGACUAUCGUGGCCGGCAGGAAGCGCUCAUUCGGAUAAGGAAUCCCUGGGGUCAAGUGGAGUGGACUGGAGCCUGGAGUGAUAGCUCUUCUGAGUGGAACGAAGUGGACCCCGAUCAGAGGGAAGAACUGCAACUGAGAAUGGAAGAUGGUGAAUUCUGGAUGUCUUUUCGAGACUUUCUACGUGAGUUUUCCAGGCUGGAGAUCUGCAACCUCACGCCCGAUGCUCUGACCAAGGAUGACAUGAGCAGAUGGCAUACCACCCUGUUUGAGGGCACCUGGCGCCGAGGCAGCACAGCAGGAGGCUGCAGGAACCACCCAGCUACAUUCUGGAUUAACCCCCAGUUCAAAAUCAAGCUCUUGGAAGAGGAUGAUGACCCAGACGACAAUGAAUUGGCUUGCAGCUUCUUAGUGGCCUUGAUGCAAAAGCACCGGCGGAAAGCACGUAAAGCUGGGGAAGACAUGCACACCAUUGGCUUUGCAGUCUAUGAGGUUCCUGAGGAGAACCAGGGCUGCCAGAGUAUUCACCUGAAGAAGGAAUUCUUCCUGAGGAACCAGUCUCGGGCGCGCUCAGAGACCUUUAUCAACCUGCGGGAGGUGAGCAACCACAUCCGCCUUCCCCCAGGCGAAUACAUCAUCGUGCCCUCCACCUUUGAGCCUCACCAGGAAGCAGACUUCAUCCUGCGCGUCUUCACGGAGAAGCAGUCAGACACAGAGGAGCUGGAUGAGGAGAUCAGCGCAGAUCUGCCUGAUGAGGAAGAGAUAUCUGAGGAUGACGUGGACGAAAACUUCAAGAACAUGUUCCGGCAGCUUGCAGGAGAGGACAUGGAAAUCAGUGUCUUUGAGCUCCGAACCAUUCUGAACAGAGUCAUUGCCAGACACAAAGAUCUGAAGACAGAUGGGUUCAGCAUGGAUUCUUGCCGUAACAUGGUCAACCUGAUGGAUAAAGAUGGCAGUGCUCGCCUGGGUCUUGUGGAGUUUCAGAUUUUGUGGAACAAGAUUAGGACCUGGCUGAAUGUCUUUCGCCAGCAUGACCUGGACAAGUCAGGCACUAUGAGCUCUUAUGAGAUGCGCCUGGCUUUGGAAACAUGUGGCUUCAAACUGGACAACAAGUUGCACCAAGUGGUGGUGGCACGUUAUGCUGACGAGUCACUGGGCGUGGACUUUGACAACUUUGUCUGUUGCUUAGUCAAGUUGGAGACGAUGUUCAGAUUCUUCAAUAGCUUGGAUCCUGAAGGCAGUGGGAGUGCUGUGAUGAACCUCGGUGAGUGGCUGAUGUUCACAAUGUGCGGCUAAAGAAGAGACAGGUGUUUGCUGAGACGACCCUCUUGGACUGGGCUGCCCCAAGUGCCUCCCUUACAUCAGGCUGACUGACCUAGGAUGGCCCAUUAUCCCUAUUUCUUCCUCUUACCUCCUCAUUCCCAAGCUCAGAGCCUGCUUCCAUUUUCCCCCUCCAUGAAACAGACACAGCCGGUACCCUGUGAUUUAAGCUCCCUUACAUCACUUAUUUAGGGGGAUCAAAAAGCUCUUCUAUGGGAGCUGGGCAGAGAAGGAACAGCUCUUAUCCUGCUGUGAGUGUGGCUUGUGGUAACAGCAGCACUUAGGCGAUCAGGGGGUAGUGAGAGAAGCGCAUGGGUGCAUGUUGGGCCAUUGCAUGCAGACAUUAGUGUAGCUAUACCUUUUGCCAGGAGGGGGCCUGCCUGCCUUCACAGUUAUCUAAAGGAGGCAGGGGUGGGGUUGUGUUGCUUCUUCUCAAAGGUUGGCCUCUCCGUACUCACUGGCUACUGGCAAUUUGGAUCUUGCACAGAAAUCUCGCUUGUUCUCUUGCCGCUCUGAGCAUUGCAAGAUCCCCUGCUCUGCUUUUCUCUAGUAAACUCGGUGGCAGGAUGGAAAGGGAUCUGUGUCCUUAAUUUAACUCUCAAAGAGUUUUCUGCAGUGAUGGCAUGACCUCCAGAGCUGGUGCCAAAGGGUGGUGAAGUCAGUGAUUUUCCAAGACCAAUGACAGGCCCUACUCCCCACAAGUGCCAUCAUUCUCGCUUUGCACAGAACAUCCAUGGAGGUUGGAGGCACAGGGACAUAGGAAACUGCCUUGGUCCAUCUAGCUCAGCAUUUCUACACUAACUGGCAGUGUGGCUCUCCAAGUAUAUUCUCACGUUUACCAGGAGAUGCUGGGGAUUGCACCUGACACUUUCUGCAUGCAAAGCAGACACUGUCUACCACUGAACUGCAGCAGUUUGGCAUUAGUGGGAGAGAGUUAUCUGUUUGCACACUAGUCUCUUCAGAACUGCACUGCAGCCUCCUUGAUGCUUGCAUGCACACUGGUGAAAGAAGAGGGCUUUGGAUAACUUCACAUUUCUUCAGGUACCCAAAGCAUCAGAGUUCUUGCAUCGUUGGGACCCAGUACUCAGAAUAAGUAAUUCACGCUUUUAAAGGCCAAAUUUUCAAAAUGAGAAAACAUCACAACUGUGGCAGUGCUUUCAAUCUCAUUGUUACAUGUUUAGGCAAGAACCCUUUUAAAAAAGCAAAACCAAAGCAUUCAAGAGUUGGGGAGGACCCCGCAGGCUGCCUCAAGUGUCACACGAACUUUAUGCAGUACCCCUAACAGGUGAAAGGAUCAAGAAGUUAAGAAUGAAGGAUUCUGGCUCCUUGCACCUGAUGGGUUAGUGACAGCUGGGAGCACCUGGCCCUGCUUUCUUGUUGGAUUUGUAAGCACAGGCUUGCCUAAUCAUUACAAGCCUUGUGGAAGCACUCCGACAAUAGUUUUAAAACCGUAUAGUAAAUACACAGAUUAGCCUAAGCAAAGGGUGAAGUCCAUUGUUCUGAGGACCGUUCCCAUGCCUGCCUUUGACUUGCUCUGUGGCCUUGGCCAAGUCCUUUUUAUGCUUUUAGCUUUCUCCUUCUUCUGAGUGGAAAAAUAGAUACAAAUUGGGGAGUGUGUUGCUCUUAGAUUGCUCAUUAAUGCUAAUGGCUACAGUGUAGUUGAAUGCAGUGCUGCCUCUUUCAUUCUUAUACCUCUCCAUCGGUUUCCUGUGGUGAGGACAAAGAUCCCCACUUAAUUGCAGUUCCAGCCCUCUGCAAGCCUUCCAGCCUAGCACUGUAGGCAGCCUGAGGCAGGAUUGGUUUUCUACUGUGACGUGUUCCCAAAAUGGCUGCCUCUCUUUGGAUUUACUAGUACAGAACAACUGCCAGCCUUUGGUGCUACUUUAGCAUGGAUCAGAAUCUCCACUCUCCAUUAAAAACGUCAUUGAGAAAAGGGGGGUGUGGUAGAGUCCUAAUAUAGCAAAGCUGUAUGAGAUGGGGAAAGGGAAGAUCUUAAAAGCCACCUGAGUUAUUGCUUGAUACACAAACAUUGCAGUUGCCUCAUUUUGGUGUCAGUUGUAAUACCUGAUGCAAGUGGU